CUUGAACUGGGCCUGUUCCCAUCCCAAGUCAGAAGCCACAGCAGAGACCGCACCACCGCAGUCCCUCCCUGCUUCGCCGCCGGCGCCACCCCGGGCAGCGCCUACGGCAGCACCAGCACCCCGACCAAGACUCCGACCGCCGCAUAAACGGCCGGCGCUGACCACCACCCGAGCGCGCGGCAGCUCCGCCUCCGCUCCCAGCCCGCCGGCGGCGAUGACAUCCGCGCACUCCAAGCUCUACUCCGAUGACGUCAGCCUCGUCGUGGUCAUCGUCGACACCAACCCCUUCUUCUGGGCCGGCGCCGCGCUCCCCUUCGCCGACUUCUUCGGCCACCUGAUCCACUUCGUGAACUCGCUCCUGCUGCUGAACCACCUCAACCAAGUGGUUGUCAUCGCGGCCGGCGUCAGCUCCUGCGCCUACGUCUUUGACUCCGGCAAUGCUGCUGCCUCCGGCUCGCCAGAUGUUGCUGCCACCUUCGCCAAGGCAAGCCGCAAGGUGGAGGAGUUCGUUAAGCAGGAUGCCCGUGACACUGCCGGCAAUGGCACCGUUGCUGGUGGUGGUGCGGCGUCGCUGUUUUCAGGCGCGCUGUCCCUUGCUCUGUGCUAUAUACAGAGGGUUUUCCGGUCUGGCACUCGACAUCCGCAACCUCGGAUUUUGUGCUUGCAGGGUUCUCCAGAUGGACCUGAACAAUAUGUUGCAGUGAUGAAUUCAAUAUUUUCGGCUCAACGUUCCAUGGUUCCAAUUGAUUCAUGUAUCGUGGGAACCCAAGACUCUGCUUUCUUGCAGCAGGCUUCAUAUAUAACUGGAGGAGUUUAUCUGAAGCCCCAAGAACUAAGUGGUCUAUUUCAAUACCUUGCUGCUGUGUUUGCGUCUGAUUUACACUCGAGAGCCUUUCUCCGCCUCCCUAAGACCUUGGGAGUAGAUUUUCGUGCCUCCUGUUUCUGCCAUAAGAAGACUAUUGACAUGGGCUAUGUUUGUUCAGUUUGCCUGUCAAUAUUCUGCAAGUAUCAUAAGAAGUGUUCAACCUGUGGGUCGGAAUUCAGCCGUGUCAUGCCUGAUUUAAAUUCCAUGCCAGAUCAAAAGUAGGCCAGAUCGCACACUGUUUCCUGUGAGGUCAAACUGCUGCAGAGAGUGCAUGGUGUGAAUAUUCCAAGGGAUGCCAAAUUAUUAACAACUAGGGAUGCUUGAGAGACAGAUUUUGUGAACAUUAUCUGACUAAAAAAUGCACAUUUAUUUUGGAAUCAUUUCAUUUUCUUGCGACCUUCUAUCUGUAAAUUUGGGAUCAACCAGUUAUUGCUGAUGGAAUGAUGAAAAUUAAAGCCUUUUUUUUAUUUUCGAAA